AGCACUCCUAGCUGACAGUAUUCCCUUUUGGGUGUGGCCUGUUAGCUAUUCCCGAUUGCUACCCGUUGAAGUGAUUAGUGAUUAUAUGCUGGUGUAGUUUUGAUUAGUAUUUUAACUGCUAUAUAAAGAAAAAAAUUAUUUUGCUUUAUUCUUAAACAUAUGCAUUCCAGUGUAUGUGCAUUAUGUUGUGCAACUGUGAAAAACGUAUUUGUGUAUAUAAUUUUUAACAAAUUCAUUGCAUUUAUACGUAUAUAUAAAAAGGAUAUAGAUCUGAAGGCUUGGGUACCCGCUAUCGAGAAUUAAAUAACAAUUAUUCCAAGAGUUACCUUUUUGAUAGAAUUGUGGUAUACAAUAUCGUUUUAUUUAUAUUUAAAGAAACAAAGGCUAUCUUUAUACUUACAUCUACAUCGAAGUCCUAGUGUGAAGCCUGAAUUAGAAAAACCAUAUAUAGGAGUUUCAAAUGAGUAAAUAAUUUGUCGUUAAUGGCGAGCGAGAUAGUUUGGCGACUUUUCCGAAGAAUACCAAGAAUAUUUUGACACCAGUUGCCUUUGCCGUCUCUGCCGGUUCCUAUUGUAGUUACUACCGUCGUGUUACAAUUCAUGGAUUUCUAUUACGGUGAUCAAAUUAGAUAAUAUAAACUCAAUAAUUCCGAGCAUUGUAAAAGUAGAUAAUAUUGAAGUUGAUUAUAAGUAUUAACAGAUUUUACGGAGUAUGGGCCAACAGUGAACUACUCUUCAUAAGAAAAUAUUACGUUCAGUCUAUUGAGGACAAAUACUCUGUUUAAAUUAUAUUUGGAGUAGUCUUACACUCAUCGAUACAGCAGAUCAUUAUGAAUGAAUUAGAUGCUCUACGCCAAGAGGCGGAAACUCUAAAAAAUGCUAUCAGGGAUGCAAGAAAAAAUGCUUGCGACACCACUCUUGUUCAAGCAACAACUAGCAUGGAACCAAUUGGGCGGAUACAAAUGCGUACGAGACGUACCCUACGAGGUCAUUUAGCCAAAAUAUAUGCCAUGCACUGGGGAAGUGAUUCCAGGAACUUGGUCUCCGCAUCACAAGAUGGUAAAUUAAUUGUAUGGGAUAGUUAUACUACUAACAAAGUCCAUGCUAUACCACUACGUUCAUCUUGGGUAAUGACUUGCGCAUAUGCACCAUCUGGAAGCUAUGUUGCCUGUGGUGGACUAGACAAUAUUUGUUCAAUAUAUAGUCUCAAAACAAGAGAAGGAAAUGUUCGAGUUAGCAGAGAGCUUCCAGGACAUACCGGUUAUCUUUCAUGUUGUCGAUUUCUUGACGACAAUCAGAUUGUUACUAGCUCGGGAGAUAUGUCAUGUGCCCUAUGGGAUAUUGAAACUGGUCAACAAUGUACAUCAUUCCUUGGUCAUACAGGUGAUGUUAUGUCGUUAUCAUUAGCACCGGAUAUGCGUACAUUUGUUUCUGGUGCAUGUGAUGCCAGUGCUAAGCUCUGGGAUAUUCGUGAAGGAUCAUGUAAGCAGACUUUUCCAGGACAUGAAAGUGACAUAAAUGCCGUGACGUUCUUUCCGAAUGGAUUUGCCUUUGCAACAGGUUCAGAUGAUGCUACUUGUAGACUUUUCGAUAUUCGAGCUGAUCAAGAAUUAGCAAUGUAUAGUCAUGACAACAUAAUUUGUGGUAUCACAAGUGUAGCCUUCAGUAAAAGUGGUCGAUUGCUUUUGGCUGGUUAUGAUGACUUCAAUUGUAAUGUUUGGGACUCCAUGAAAACAGAGCGAGCUGGUAAGAUUUCAGAAUGA